AUGACUUACUUCCCCGAGGAGGUGGUGGAGCACAUCUUCGAUUUCUUGACCUCCCACCGGGACCGGAACACGGUGUCGCUGGUCUGCAAGGCGUGGUACAGGGUGGAGAGGCUCAGCCGUCGGAAUGUGUUCAUCGGAAAUUGCUACGCCGUGAAACCGGGCACACUUGUUUCUAGGUUUCCUCGCAUCCGGUCUCUGAAACUCAAGGGGAAGCCUCAUUUCGCCGACUUCAAUCUCGUUCCCCCUGGUUGGGGCGCAAAUGCUCUCCCCUGGGUGGAAGCUAUAGCCCGAGGCUGCCCGAAUCUUGAGGAGCUCCACCUGAAAAGGAUGGUGAUCUCUGACGAGUGCCUCGAGCUCUUGGCCCGGUCCUUCCCCAACUUCAGGGCGCUGGUGCUCGUUAGCUGCGAAGGGUUCAGCACCGAUGGCCUCGCGGCCAUUGCAACACACUGCAAGUAAGCGACCUCUGUUCCCUGUUAUUCACUAUACUGAAUCCAUCUCUUCUACGGGCUCUCUCGACCAUCUGUUGUCGUCGGUUUCAAAUUUUUCUCCCCUAUUGCUUUCUUUCAUCACGAUUUAAUGGGUUGAAGGGAGCAUCUAGGAAGGUCGAUCUUUUCUUCUUUGAAGCUGAAGCAAGUUCGUUGUCAUGAAACAAAAGAACUGCAGUCUGCAACUGAACUAGUAAAUUCAAAAGCCCAGAGGAACUCAUCGCGAGCUUCCAUACACAUUUUGGUGCAAGCCAAUUAAAAAGUAGGUAGGGGAUUUGCCGGAGGAAUUUUUUUUCCAUCCUCGAUCCUUCAUCUUUAUGCAGAUUUUAUACAUAAAAACUCCCUCCAGAUUUAUGGAAGGAUAUACUUCCACCUUUCAUCGCACCGGUUCCAAAGAGUUUCAUCACAAUAUUGCUAGUUGGUGCAUGAUAUUGACUUUGUGUUAGUCACUCAAGCUCUCUGUGUAAAUUUCCGACAUAAACUUGGACGGCUCUUUUGACCCAGUUUCUUUUUUGAAGUAGUGAUGGUAGCAGUGGGUGGUGAUAUCUGCUAGAUGUGAUAUCCUCUGUUUUCUUCCGAGUAUUCCCAGGUGGCUGAGGGAGCUGGAUCUACAUGAAAACGAGGUUGACGAUCGGGGGGAAUGGAUCAGCUGCUUCCCGGAUUCCUGUACGUCUCUUGUUUCCUUAAAUUUCGCAUGCCUCAAAGGGGAAGUGAACGCUUUGGCCCUGGAGAGGCUCGUUACGAGGUGCACCAACCUCCAGAGCUUGAGGCUAAGCUCUGCGGUGUCGCUGGAAACUCUCUCUAGAGUGAUCCUGAGGGGCCCCCAGCUGAGAGACCUGGGCACGGGCUCGUACGUGCACGACCCGAGAUCCGAGCCCUACCUCAACCUGGCCAGCGCCUUCAUGGCCUGCAAGUCACUUCGGAGCUUGUCUGGUUUCUGGGAGGUCACCGCUCAGUGCCUCCCCGCGGUCUACCCCAUCUGCUCCAAUCUCACCACACUGAACCUGAGUUACGCGGCGUCAAUUCAAGGCACCGAGCUCAUCAAGAUGAUCCGCCACAGCCGCAAGCUUCAGAGCCUCUGGGUGAGUGACACGCAGAUUCCAUAUUCUUCUUCUUCUUCUUCUUCUUGGUUGCGUUUGGUCAGUUUAAAUUCCCUCAAUUCCUCUCCGUUCUUGUUUUUUUUUUUUUUUUUUUGUUAGGUGCUGGAUUUGAUCGGAGACAGAGGACUCUGCGUGGUAGCGUCCACCUGCAAGGAGCUACAGGAGCUGAGAGUGUUCCCCUCCGACCCCAGCGGCGACGGAUCUGCGGCCUCCGUCACCGAGGAGGGCCUCCUGUCCGUCUCCAUGGGCUGCCCCAAGCUCCACUCCAUCCUCUACUUCUGCCGGCAGAUGACCAACGCCGCGCUGAUAGACGUCGCCAAGAACUGCCCCCGCUUCACCCGCUUCAGGCUCUGCGUCCUCGACCCCAGAAAGCCGGAUCCGUUGACUUCGCGGCCCCUCGACGAGGGCUUCGGCGCGAUCGUCCGCUCCUGCCGGGAGCUGCGGCGGCUGUCGGUCUCCGGUCUCCUCACCGACAAGGUCUUCCACUACAUCGGGAGGUACGCGCAGAAGCUGGAGAUGCUGUCCGUGGCCUUCGCAGGGGAGAGCGACCGGGGGAUGCAGGAGCUGAUGGAGGGCUGCCGGCGGCUGCGGAAGCUGGAGAUCAGGGACUGCCCUUUUGGGGACGCCGCCCUCCUCAAGGACGCCGACAAGUACGAGACAAUGCGAUCCCUUUGGAUGUCCUCCUGCGACGUGACCCUGCAGGCCUGCCAGGCCCUCGCCGCCAAGAUGCCGCGGCUCAACGUGGAGGUCAUCAGCGACGACGGCGACUUUGCCGGCGGCGCCGUCUGCCAGGUGGAGAAGCUCUACGUCUACCGGACCGUCGCCGGGCCGCGGGACGACGCGCCGGCGUACGUGUGGACUCUGUAG